UGAUCAGUCAUGUGACAGUGAAGUACGAGAAGCUGUUGUCUCCGCUCGUUUCUUCAGUCAGCUGGGGUUCUUCACGGAGGAAACUCUGAGCAGGUCACAGAAUGCUGCCUUUGUUUGUUAUUACAAGCCUUCUGGCUUUUGCCUCCAGCAAACCAUGUGAUACUGAAGGAUCCAACCGUGAGCUGCUGCUGUCCCUCAACAAGAACCUCCUUCGCUCUUUGGAGACGCAGGAAGGACUUCCAAAUCCCAGUGUCCACUUGGCGUUACGCCUUUCUAAUUCCCACAACCUUGCUAAGGAGAGCGAACACCUCAAUAAACUGAAAAAUAAUUUGCAUAAUGACCUUCAAAGCUCUCUCUCUAACAGUCGACCUGUGGCUGGCCUCUUGGCGCUGUACACUCUAGCUUUAAAGUCGUCCUGCUAUGACCUGAACACAGUCACCUUCACUGUCAGUGAGAAGAGCGAGACGCUGCUGACACACCUGAAGAAGCAGAUGGAGCAAGAGAAAGAGCACAUUGCUUUCAGCCAGCGCCCUUUGACCAACUAUUACCAGUACUCUCUGGGUGUGCUCGCUCUCUGCACGAGCGGCAUCAGGGUCAACAACCAUGUCAGCAACAAGCUCAUCAAAGCUGUAGAACACGAGCAUUUCAAACAUGGAGACACUGAGAGUGUUGAUACCUAUGCGAUGGCUGGAAUGGCUCUCCAGUGUGUGAAGGACUCUGGUUCUCAUGCACAAAACAGUGCUGAGCUCGACACAGCUCUGAGCAAAAUCAAGCAGAAGCUCCUGGCUUCACGUAGACCUGAUGGUCAUAUUGGCAAUGAGUUCAGCACAGGUCUUGCAGUUCAAGCCUUACUGGCAAUGGGCACUGAGGUUGCAGAAUGUUCUGCCUCAAUGGAGGCCAUGAGGACAGCUGCCAGAAACAACAUCUACCACAACCCCAUGGCCAUAUCGCAGACACUGCCAGCGCUCCAUCAGAAAUCCUACCUGACAGUAAAAAGCAAGGAGUGCCUCAAUGAGAACAACACUCUGACGCUGGAGCCCUUAGAUCCUGUUGUGGUUUUACCAACUGAGACCAAUGUGGCUGUGACGGUGGAGGUGGUGACAUCCAGUGGAGCAGCAGCGGUUUAUUCUGUGGAUGUGCCAAAGGGAAGCUCCCUGCUGGAGGCCCUCGAACUGCUCAAGGGGAAACAUGUCGGCUUCACGUAUGAGAUGGAGUCCAGCCUGUGGGGACCUUUCUUAAGUGCGGUGAAUGGAGAGCAAGCCAGACAGAGCGAUCGCAGAUACUGGCACCUCUCCUCUGAUGGUACUGCACUCACUGAGGGUGUCAGGGAUUUCAAGAUUGAGGCAGCUCAAAGGAUCAGCAUCAAAAACAAAAGCUACUGAUGAUGCAGCAGUGAUUGAUGUGAAUCACAAGCACUUCAGUGUUAAGUUUUUUUCCUUUGUUGUUUUGACCACUGAUCAUGUUUAAAUUGUCUGUUGCCUUCAUCUAUGAACAAAUGGUAAAAAUGGCUUCAUAGAACGUUUGCAUUAUAAGUAGGCUUGAAGCUUGAAUUAAAGUGAAAUUUAGAACUGUUAAACCGAUUUUGCUGUGAACAGUAUGUAAAUUGUAGUUUUUUAAAUAGAUUUUAAAAUGAGUUUGAAAUGUUUAUUAAAACAUUUUGCAAAUUG